GCCGCGACCUUGUGACUCGUUUAAACUUAUAUCUCUAGCGGUUAAACCAUGUGCUUCUACUUUCGAUUCCAGGAUUGCCAUAGUUUGAGGCUAAUGUUACUGCUGGUUGAUGUUCAUUGUUCUCCUUAAUAAAAGCAAGUGCAUUGUGUGCGCUUUCUGUGUCGUCGACUUACCUUUUCCUUUCGCUUAAUCCAGUCCUCGGCCACGCUACUCUGCAUGCUCCCCUUGUACAAAAUACUUUCUGGCUAGACACAAACGACUAUAACUCUCCUACUGAUCCGUUUCCUGAUAUAACUCGCGGUAUUUAUCUGACUGAGUUGAAUUUAUAGUUUCAAUCGACUUUAACACAUCAAGAUUAUAGUUUUUAAUUAAUUAAUUAUUUAUUUUAACACAUAUUGGUACAAGAAGGCACUAAAUACAUAUGCGCCACAUAAAUUUCAUUUGAUUUUUAUGAGGGCUGUGAUACUGUCCGGGUUCCCAAACCAAAGCAGGAUUCGCAGUCAUAUAAUAUACCCUUGCGGGCCAGGGUAAUUUUACAUUGGUUUUCAGGAGAACCAGACACUGUCCAGACUUGCACGUGACAACUCGGACAGUACAGCUCAACCAGGUUUAACAGGAGAGCCAGACACCGCUCAGGCUUAGAUUUUAUAAACCAAACAGUAUAGCGCAAUCCCGCUUCACAGAGGAACCAGACACCGUCCUGUAGUGCAACCAACCACACAGGUACCAAGCACCCUGGUGGACCAUACCACGUUGAAAGCACCGGUUCCACUGUUUUUACUGUAAUUGAACUACUUUCAGUUAGGAAGAAUUGCUCCAGUUUUGUUUAAGUAUUUAGACGGAAAUCGGAUUCUUCCUGAAAAGCAGCACUGAUUUAUGACAGGUUGUUCCUGUCUCGCAAGCUUACUAGUAGCAUGUGAGAACUGGUGCGCUCCAAAAAUCAAAUGUUGACCAUAGAUGUAGUCGUUGCUGACUUCAGUAAGACUUUUGACUUUUUCACAUAACCGGACGUUAUUUAAGUUAAGUAAUAUUGGCAUCGGGGGCAACUUAUAUGUGUGGAUAAUAGAUUUCCUAGUUGGGCGUCAACAUGGAGUAUGGAUAUAUCCCAAGUUGUCCAGCAGUGAGGUUGUUUGGCCGAGUGCCUCAGUACAGUUUUGGGGCCAAUGUUUUUCCUACUGUAUGCAGGUAACUCUCCUAGUUUAUCUGUUUUGUUAUGUACUGAGGAUAUCGAAAUUUGGAGAGCAAUAAAAAGUGGUGACAGUUUUGAGCUUCAAAGUGACCUGCAGCAAUUAUGUGAAUAGUCUAAAAUUUAACAGUUGACGAUAAAUACAUUGUAGUGCAUUAUGGUGUAUAUGGGUCAUCAGAUUGCAGAUAUUUUAUUAUUUUAUUUUAACACAUAGAUAUUGGUACAAGAAGGCACCAAAUACAUAUACGCCACACAGAUCUCAUUUGAUAUGUGUGAGGGCUGUGAUACUGCCCGGGUGCCCAAACCGAAGCAGGUAGAUUACAGAUAUAUACAUUGUAAAUAACAUCGAGCUACCUGUUGUCCAGAUACAACGACGUAGUAGUCAUCGUUAGACAAGACUUAAAAACUACUGCAUACUGCCGUGCGGUAGUUGCCAAAGGUUCUAUAAACAUGUGGUCAAUACGUAGACCAUUUGGCCAUGUCGAUGCUAAAAGAAUUUUGACUUCAUAUUCAGCGUUCCUUCGUCCUAAACUCGUGAGUCGCAUGCAAGCAGCUAGCCCCUACUUAAAAAAUACAAUGUGCUGUUGUAAAAAGUUCAAAGAACUGUAACUUGGCUAAUUCCCAGGAUCGAAAGCCUCCUGUAUGACAAUAAACGAGGUAAACUAGUCCUGUUUCCUUUGUCUAAUAGAAUGGCCAGAGAUGACUUGAUCAAAAUUUUCAAAUUCACGAUAAAUUUGCGUUUAAUAAGCCUUCAUUUUUCUAACCUUCUAAUACAGAAUUCACGACGACACUGAAACUUCAUCUGAUUAUCGACUUUCCUAUCGAGUUGUCAAGAAAUGGAAAUCCCUAAAUCAAUACGUGUUUGAAGCUUUGUCGACGUUUUCAAGAGAAAGGUAGAUCAACGGAGACCACUAUUCCCAGGACUAACACAAUCCGUCUGUCUUUUUCGAACAAAAACUUGACAUCAACCUACUGAAGUUCUAAGUUAUUUUUAUGGAACUGAGUUGAUGGUUGUCUCUUUUUUUAUGCAAACAGUUUAAUUCUGGUCAUAAGAUUAUAUAAUUGGUUGAUCGAUCAUCUAUCACACAGAAUCUAGUUUCUCACUAUACUUCAGGAUGUUGGUUUUAGCAUUGUGUCUGGGACUUUUUAGUACCUUCACUGUUUUAGUAGUCAGGUUUUUUUAUUUGAAAGUUCAGUGUUGGUUUUGUGGGCAUACUGCCUUCACAUCGUGGAGUAGAAAGACAUCGUUUGUUUGUCAUCAAUGUGGUCAGUAUAAUGGAUUUAAAAGUGAUGGUGAUUACAACAAAGUUAUACCAUCUCAGUUCAUUGCCGAGUUAAAUCCAGUUAAUUUCAAUAAGGCUCACGGUACGUUUUCAUCACAUUCUGAUGUUUUGUGUCCGGACUGUACACGUAAUCAAAAUACUAUUGUCCAAAAGUUGUCGGAGUAUACCCCGAAAAACGACAAAUCGGAUGAAGAAAUAAAAGAAUACACUCGCCUGCUGGAGUUGGAAUAUGGUUUGUGUUCCAGUUGCUAUCGAAAAGUUAAUAAUAAACUUAGGCAGUUAGAUUAUAAAUUAUUACCAAGUUUCAUUGAAUGGUGGCAUACUAAACAACAACCAAAACAACAACAACAACAACAACAACAAACAAUCACUAUGCGUAAAAAUUCUAUCUUAUUUAAAAUCAUUACAUGGUAUGAAUUAUUGAUUAUUUUACGUAUUCUUAAUAUUUUCUGUUUUAUCUAUAUUAUUAUUAGUUCAAUUCUAAUUGAAAUUAAUCAACAAACAUGCCUUAUAUAUAUAACCAUUCAUAAAUCUUAUUUAUAUAAAUUUAUUGAAUUAAUUUGGUCUAAUAAUUGUCGAAUUUAUUUACGAAAUUAUUGUCAUGAAUUAUUAAUAUUAUCAAAAUAUUUCUCUCUUUCUAAUACUGGUCAAUUAUGGUUUAAUUUAUUGAUGUUUUGUUUACAAAUAAUCCUUGUUACUAUGACUAGUUUAAAGCAUAGGAACAAAUAUUAUUCAAUCUAUCAGGAUGGUUUAAAAUCAUUAAUAUUAUUAUAUGAUAUUUCAAUGCUUUUAAUUUCAUUAAAUAUUCUUUUAUCAUUAUUAAUAAAUAAUGAUAGUAUUAAUGUAAUGAAUAAUAAGAUGAAAUGGUCUAAUUCAUUUAACCAUAUUACACUAUUAGGUAUAUUUGUAUUGUUUACUUUAUUCAUUAUUAUUAUUAUUAUUAUUUAUGGAAUUCGAAUAUGGUUAUCAUUCUUUCAUAAAGAUUGUAUAUUACAACAGAAAGAAUUAAAAAAUACAUGGCCUAGUCAUGUGAAAUUACCAUGUUUUCAAACAAUAGAUAAUAUAAGUUAUUAUUCAACACCAAGUGAUUAUUCUACAAAUUAUACAAUGAACUCUUUAAAUUCAAGUAGAAAAUCUCUUGAAGAUGAAUUGGCUAAUACAAAAUUAUAUUCAACAAAUAAAUAUAAUCAUAUAUUUCGACCAUCUGUUCUAAGUGGUGGCGGUGGCGGUGGCGGCAGUGGCGGUGCUGGUAGUAAUAAUAUUUCCCCUAGUGUUAUUAGUUCUCAAUACUCGAAUGUAAAUUCUCGACAUUCAUUUAUAUCUUCUAAUUUAUAUUCAACACAUGACAAUCCAAUGAAACAACAUCCAUCACCACCACCACCAUCACAACAACAACAACAACGACAACAACAACAACAACAAAUGAUUGAAUCUUGUCGAGCUGAUGAUGAUAAUUUAAGUUGUCUAACAAGUAUUAGUCAUUAUAAAUCAAAUAAUUCUAAUUAUUAUACACAUGAUUAUCAUUUAAAUAAUCAUUUAUCUAAUUAUAUAUCACAAUCUAAUAUUCAACGUAAAUCUAUUACAUCAAAACGUAAACGACGAACUGGUCUUAUAAAUUUUAUAUUAUGUUUAUUAUUUGGUCGAUUAGAAACAUGGAAUGAUAUACGAUUACAAUUAACUUGUUUAGCAAAUGCAGUAUUUCUUAGUAUUGUAAUUUAUUGUACAUGUCGACUUAUGUUUUGUCUUGUUUGUGUAUUUGAUACUUAAUAGACUUUUUGAAGUGUAAUUUUGUAAUUAGAAUUUUUUUUUUUAUAUAUUUAUUUAUUACUAAACUGGUGUUAUUUAAAAUGCCCUGUUCAUCAUGUAAAGAUAACUCCAGGAUGUAUUGAUUGAAUGUGAGUGAUCUAUAUGUGGAUAAACAGUGGUAUUAGUUAUUGAAAAUUAAUAUAAAAAAAAAGUACAUUUGAACAU